AUGAAUGGAAUGUCGAAGAAUGGCUUUCCAAUAUGCGGGGGGUCCCUGAUUGCUGACUCUUGGGUGCUGACCGCGGCUCACUGCUUUGAGAAGCCUGUGAACCCCUCAGAUUUCACCAUCUACCUUGGAGUGUACCAGCUCACAGACCUUCAGGACCCCAACGUAGUGUCCAGAGGAAUAAAGCAAAUCCUUAUGCACCCCAAAUACUCUUCCCUGGGAUCCGGCUCAGACAUUGCACUGAUGGAACUGAAUCAACCUGUCAACUAUACCAUUUUUAUCCUCCCUGUGUACCUUCCAUCUCCAAAUAUCAAUCUGCCAGAGGGGACCCCCUGUUGGGCAACCGGCUGGGGCAGCAUUACUGAAAAUGAUCCCCUCCCCAUUCCAAAGACCCUACAAGAGGUUCAGCUGCCUCUGAUUGACAACCAACACUGUGAAACCAUGUACAGCAUUGGCAUGCCCUCUGGAAUGAAACUGAUCGAGGAUGACAUGAUGUGUGCCGGAUUAAAACAGGGCAAUAAAGACGCAUGCCAGGGAGACUCGGGUGGCCCACUGGUGUGCGGUGUAAAUGGGGUAAAGAUGCAGUUUGGUAUUAUCAGUUGGGGUUUUGGCUGUGCAGAGCCCAAUCAUCCGGGAGUCUACACGAGGGUUCAGUAUUACAAGUCCUGGAUCCAGCAAUACAUCCCAACCAUUAGGUUCAGUGAAGGAGGGACCCAAUUACGUCUAAAUAAAAUCGUCAACAAAAGAAGGCACCUUUGGAGUAGUUGA